UCUGUCAUCAGCAGGUUGUAAUGGCCGUGUGACAUCACACCGAGUUUAAAAGCAGGAGAAUUCUCCCUUUCUCUCUUUCUCUCCCUCACUUCUCACCAGUGAUCAUGUGGUUCCUGUUCAUAUAUGUCCAGCUUACAGCAACACAAGCGCAAAGAAUAAUUUUACGGGGGUCAACCCACCCAUGUGAGGGCCGACUGGAGGUGUACUACAAGCAGCAGUGGGGUUUGGUGGGACAUCAUAAGUGGGAGCCCAAAAAUGGUGAGGUAGUGUGUAAAUCCUUAGACUGUGGUGAUCAUGUGCAUUCUGGGAUUUUCGACUAUAACUACAAAAACCUUCCUCCACUUAAAACCUUUUGGAUGGAUGAGAUCAUGUGUAACGGGACAGAGGACAAGCUCUGGAAAUGCAAGUUCAACGGAUGGAAUGUCACUCAAUGCCAAAACAAAAACUAUGUUUCAGUUAAAUGCUCAGGGAACAUUUCUCUGACCCUGAAUUAUAAUGGAGUAACAGAUGUGUGUGCCGGGGUGGUCCAGUUCACAACACCGAAAGGAAAAGUUAAUAUGUGCACACAAGAUAAAGCCCUUGCAACUAGGGUGUGCAAAGAACUUAAUUGUGGGGAACAUGAGAAGACAUUCAGGUCCAGCAGCUUAAAUUUAUUUGGACAUUCAUCUAUGCCCUUAAACUGCAUUGGCAAUGAAGACUUCUCAUGGCAGUGUGUGGACCGGGACCCUGCUGAGUUAAAGUCAUGCCAAUCAAAAAUAAGUAUCAUCUGCUCAAAGCAUGAGCUCUGGUUUCUGCAGGGCGACUCACCAUGUGAAGGGAGAGUAAAGAGUAAAACUGUUGGAUACUUGCAAAACAUCACCAAUGAAAAGGCUAAUGAAGUGUGUGCACGAAAUCUUUGCGGAACCACAGAAAGUUACACCAGCAACAUGGACUCCUCUGUCUGCCCUGAAAAUGCAACCUCACCAUUCAACCGCUCCACAAAGAAUACAACCAAAUCAACAGGACCCCAGUUUGCCUAUGUGAAAUGCUCAGGAUCCAUGAGGUUGCAGUUGAAGAACAAGUGCCAUGGGAAGGUGGAGGUGUGUUCAAAUGAAAACUGUAUGGAUCUAUGUGCAGAUACCUGGAUGGAAGAGCAGUCAGGAAUGCUGUGUAAAAGUCUGGGCUGUGGAAUGGCGAUCACACAGAACUACAAUGGGAUGAAAAAGUCGGGAGUGAAUUUGACCAGUGUACACUGUUCUCAAACAGCUGAGAACUUUAGCCAGUGCAACUUCUUCAAACUUAACACUUCCUUUUGCCAAAAUACAGCCUACGUUUUCUGCACAGGGAGUGUGAAAGCUGAGCUGCACGACCCGAGAGAUAAGUGUGCUGGAAACCUUCAGCUAUUUUACUCUGGAAAAUGGCAAUCAGUGUGUACAGACGUCAAUCAGGAGACACAGAAUGCCAUCUGUACAAACUUGGGCUGUGGAGAAGCCGUCAGUUUCAACAAGUCUAUCAACAUGUUUAACAGCUAUGGACUCACAAGCAUCACUUGUCAAGAUGGCAACAUUUCCAACUGUGAUUUCUCGAACACUAAAGUACAAAGGUGCCAGGUUGGCUCUCUCAAUUGCACAGGAUGGAGAAGGCUGCUCCUCAACAGCACUAAAACCGCUUGUAUGGGGAAAGUCUACCUCCGGAAUCAAUCAGACCUCUACGCAGUGAGCAGUGAUGGUUGGAGUGAAACAGAACGUAAUAAGCUGUGUAAAUAUCUGGAGUGUGGGAAAGUUUCUGAAACUGUGGAUGAAGAACAGAUGAAUAAAGCACAGCCUUUCUGGAGCAGGAGCUACAAUUGCUCAGGGAACCCCCAAAACAUCUGGGAAUGCGAGAAGGAUGAGGCACCUGUGGAGAAACAUCAUCUAGACAUCAAAUGUACUGAUGAGCCACAAGUGAACCUCACAGGCAAAUGUACAGGUGAGGUGCAGCUUAAGAAAGAGCAUGUGUGUUCCACAUCACAGAACACGGACAGAGUGUUCAAAGAAUUCUGUCAGGAACUGGGCUGCAGCAUGCUUUUCAAAACCUGGCCCACCAAGAAAAACAGUAAAGCAGCACGUUACCUGAGCUGCACAGGAAUGGAAAACAAACUAUGGCAGUGCAGCUCAUGGACAGAUAUGUGCGAAAAUGUCAUCUCUCUGGCAUGUGCAGGGGCAAUUGACUGGAAACUCAGCGGUACUUGUGGAGGCGAGUUUCAAGUGAAGUACCGUGGAAAGUGGGAACCCGUCUGUCCUGUGGAGAAGAAUGAUGCAGAUAGGAUAUGUAUGGAGCUGAAAUGUGGAAAUGCCAGCCAACAUUUGGCUGAGGAAACAAAAAAUAGAGCCGAUGUUGGAUUUCAGUGUGGAAAAGACCAUAAUUAUCUAAUGCACUGCUUCGGACCAAACACCUGCACAGCGAAAGCUGUAAUUUAUUGUGACAAUUAUGUUUCAGUCAACAAAAUUGGACUUAUUGUUGGCGUUGUGGUGGGACUACUGGUAGCUGCGCUGAUUGUGUACUGGAAGAGAAAAGCUAUUCUUGCCAGCUUAAGAUUCAAGUUUUCUUCUGAAGACACUGAUGUGGAGAUCAACGAGAAUGAAAUGCAGAACUUGAAUGAAAAAGCAGAUAAUCUUGAAAACAGUUCUGAAAAUUAUGAUGAUAUUGGUACCACUGUGAACCCCAGGGAGGAGAACCAGAGUGAAGUCUCAUGGGUGGUGGUGGCUACAGUGGAUGAGACCUGCACAGAAAGACAGGGAGAGAGAAAAACCAAACGUGGAUUAAUAUACAGUGUAAGAUUUAAAUAAAUGAAAUUAUUAGUUAUUAAUUAUUAUAAUUUUACUUACUGUGUGCUUAAAACUUGAUUUUUCUUGCUUUAGCAUUGGCAAAUGCAGUGAUGACAUCUUCCAUGUCCAGUUUCCUUCUCACGGCUUGCUCAAUGCUGGUAGUAUAAUAUCGAUAUCUCUACGACUACCACUGCAGCUAGCAUUGCUGUUGGCAAAACCCAGCUCAUUAGAUGUGCUGGCCCUGGGUUCUUCUUCGGUGGAAGAAGGUUGUUAAUUUUGGUAGCUUUUCAACAAACUGUUCGCUAUCCUUUUUCCUCUUCCUUUUCUCACUGCCACUUAGAAAUCGUUUCAUUCUGAUUUUACUUUAACAAAAAAUUUUACGAGGGCUCUGCAGCUAGAGCUAGAUGGUGCUGGUGCUGGUGCAUGUAUUCAGCCCACUUGCGUCGUUGCCUAGGUUACUUCAGACACUACGGCUCUGAGAAAGAGCGAAGCCAGAUCUGUGCGUGACAUCACGUCACAUACUGGUGGUUUUGCUUGUGAAUCUAGCUGUAGGAUUACACGUGAAUCAUGCUUUAUUGCUUUUAUUAUUUUCGUAGCAAUGUGGUUCAUGUCGAGUGGAAAAUAUGUAUAAUCACAAUGAAUUAUUACAUAGUAAAUGAUGUAUAGCAUGCAGGAAAACAGGAAUACCGUAACGCGACGACGAGGCCCCUGAUUGGACGAGGCUCAGGGCAAUUGCCCGAUUUUGCCCAAUGGAAAGACCGCCUAUGCCUUUUGGCCCUGUCUAUUGGUACAACCAAAUGCUGAACAAGAUAUAACCAUUCUCGAAAGAUCUACUCCCACACACUUGAUAAUUAGAACGGGUUCGUCUAAGUUCUAUGCGCAGCCAUGCCGUCCAAGAUGGCAGAUAAACAAAUAUCACGAGACCUCGUGACGUCACAUGCACGCUCUCUAUAGGCAAUUGGAACAGGACAAGAAGCUAAAAUGACAUACACUACCGUUCAAAAGUUUGGGGUCACUUUGAAAUUUCCUUAUUUUUGAAAGAAAAGCACUGUUCUUUUCAAUGAAGAUCACUUUAAACUAAUCAGAAAUACACUCUACAUUGCUAAUGUGGUAAAUGACUAUUCUAGCUAAAUUCUACCAAAUGUCUGGUUUUUGGUGCAAUAUCUACAUAGGUGUAUAUAGAGGCCCAUUUCCAGCAACUACCACUCCAGUGUUCUAAUGGUACAAUGUGUUUGCUCAUUGCCUCAGAAGGUUAAUGGAUGAUUAGAAAACCCUUGUACAAUCAUGUUAGCACAGCUGAAAACAGUUUAGCUCUUUAGAGAAGCUAUAAAACUGACCUUCCUUUGAGCAGAUUGAGUUUCUGGAGCAUCACAUUUUUGGGGUCGAUUAAAUGCUCAAAAUGGCCAGAAAAAUGUCUUGACUAUAUUUUCUAUUCAUUUUACAACUUAUGGUGGUAAAUAAAAGUGUGACUUUUCAUGGAAAACACAAAAUUGUCUGGGUGACCCCAAACUUUUGAACGGUAGUGUACACGUGUACAUUACCAACCUGUAUAAACGCAGGCCACAGUGCUGAACCGGGAGACUAUUGUGGGUUCGUAGCGAUCUCGUAGUGGGCCCGUUUUUACUUGUACAUUCGCAGGCAAAACUACAAUACAGACAGUAUUGAACCAGCAUGAACACACCCAUGAACAAGCACUCCACAAUAAAGAUAAACACGUGAAGGAGAAAGGAAGCCGGUGAACUUACAUUCUCAGCACAACAAACAGCACUCAGUAGGCUCAUAAUGACCACACUCUACCCAGGUGACUAUAAUGUAGACAAAACGCGGAUCAACAUAACUUCAUAGGACAACUGCCUAUGGCUAAAGAGCUGAAGGUUGCUCAUGUGUAAAAGCAGGGAACUUACGUUUUCAUCGAAACACACAGUCACAAUUCGCAGCAAGCGAAGCGGUUUUAGCAGCAAGGGCUUGUGAAGGCGAAACGCUGGACGCACACACUCCAAUGCAGGACUGCGCACAAACACCAGGCCAGGGUCCACUCGCACAACAAAGAGCUUCCCAGAAUCCAUGUAACGAAAGACACUGAUGAGACACCGGAAAACACGGCUGUAUUUAAAAGGGCAGCGCCCAACAGCGCCCACCUGAUCCAAUCAAGGUGCAGUUCAAGCUGCAUACGUCCUACCCACUACACAUAGUUUGAAUGUUUGGUAUUAUUAGAAACAUAAUUGGGACAGUGCCCACACUCGUGGAAAAAAGGCUGGUAAAAUUAAUUUAAAAAAAAGUAAAAUUGACCAAAUCUGCAUUGGUGGUGUGCCCAUUUGUUCCUGUAUCAUCUGUAAAUACAUGUGGAAAGACUUGAGCUCUGUUCACCAGAAAUGUUGCAAACCAAUACAGCCACAUGAUACUGUACAUGACCUAACCCAGCGUUCCCUUUUGUGAUUAUGGGAGAAGAGUACCACAUUUCAUCUCCCCAGCUAUCUGACAUUAAUGCUAUUAUCCAAGCACUUCCUAGCCCUAAAUAUGGCUUUUGUGAUUCACUGUGCUUUCACACUCAUUAUGCUCAACUCACUAGUUAUAUAUAAAACUCGUGAGUUUUGUGUGUGUGUGUGUGUGUGUGUGUGUGUGUGUGUGUGUAAAAAAAAAAUCUUUGAGUAAUUUUGGAAUAAAAUUUGUCAUAAAAAGCCGAAAUGAAACCCCCACCCCCCGUACAGAUGAAAUAGUAUAUGGGUACAAGUUUAAGUCCCUUAAAAUGCUGCUUAAGUAUAUUAGUGAAGUAAAAAUGCUUGAAGUACUCCCAGACACUGUCAGCCUUCUUUAUUUUGUAAGUCUAUAUGCUGCACCUCGCCUUAUGUCACAGUUGUACAUCAGUGGCAGCUGGUAGUCUUUCAAACAGGGGAGGAUGGUUGGUGACGAUAUUUCCAGAUUUUAAAAGAAAAAAGAAAAAAAACAUAAAUUUUGCCCAUACUCUUGCCUCUGAUCUGGCUGAUUGUUGGCAGGGUCACAAACUGUGAAAUAACAGGUUCUUUUGGCCCAUUAGCCUACUGUCCAAUAUACAUGAUGGUGGUGUUGGGGGGGGGUAUAUUUUAACAUUUUAUAUUUUAAAAUUGUGACAUGUUGUUUAAAAAUUGAUCAUUAUUGAAAGCAGCUCUUUGUCAGGAACCUCAGCAGUAACAGCAGAGUGUUCUGGAAUAGGCACAAGCACUGACCUUGGGGAGCCAAACAUAGAGCUGGGUGCCACACAUUUCAUUCAAUGACACUUUCCCUAUAUUUUACUUAUUUUGACUGAGAAAUGUUUUAUUGACAAUUUUGAUAACCCUUCACGUUUAAUCCAGGUCUGUAGUGUGAAAUGUUC